GGAUUUCCGGUGACCAGCAGUUAGCUUUAGCUGGAGCCACCAGGAGCACAUCAGCCCAUUUCGUGGCUCGGAAGUGCGCGAAGAGGCUAAAAAGUUGUACCCGUUGCUUUUGUGAUCGGUUCGGCCACACAGUUGGAGUUUGACGUCUCCAUGGCCACGGAGGACUUAUACGAGGUGGAGCAGAUUCUGGACAGAAGGAAGAACAAAAAGGGCCGCGUCGAGUACCUGGUUCGGUGGCGAGGCUAUGGGCCCGAGGGGGACACCUGGGAGCCCGAAAGUCACAUGACCACAUGCAUGGUUUACGUGCAUGACUUUAACCGGCGACGGGAAGGCUCCUUGCUGAGGUCCACCCGGGGAUCACUGCUUCAUCCAGGCAGCCCAGCUCACAGGACCUGGGCUCCAGCCUCAGUCGAUCCAGGAGACCAUGGUCACAGCACGUUUAAAGAUCCUGCUCCAGCUGCUGCGGCUGCAGCUACACCUUCUCAUCAUGACUCUGUCGGUCUGAAGCGGUGCCCUGAAAAUGUGUUUGAACCCAGGGUGCUGAAUCCAGCAACCCCAGCUGGGUCGGCCCGUCGCAGCGUGGAUCUGUCCAAGAGUGGAAUUAAGAUUCUUGUUCCCAAAAGUCCAAUGAACCCACAGCUGGACUCUGAGGAGUCCACCAGUGAGGCAGCUCACAGUCUGGACAUGGCCACUCAAGUUCCCCCUGAGGUCGCCGCUCACAGUCUGAACCAGGAUCCACCCACACCCCAAAAUGCUGUAUCGUUGGAUAAGGCCCCGCUGCUGAGUCCAGGAGAGGAGCGAGCUCGCAUGGGAACCAGACCCAGGUGUCAGAACUCCUCUGUUCCCUCCCUGCCCUGGAGCAACAUCACCCCCACAUGCUCCAUCACCGACACAGGAACUGUUGCCACAGUGACCAGCAUCGCAGGGAAACGGCGCCUGGAGGAGCGCAGAGCCUUCGACAAGCGUCUACGAUUCAGCGUGCGACAGACGGAGAGCGCGUAUCGCUAUCGCGAUAUCGUUGUGAAAAAGCAGGACAACUUCACUCACAUCCUCCUGUCUACCAAGAGCUCAGAAAGCAAUGGCCUUAACCCCGAGGUGAUGAAAGAGAUUCAGAGCGCCAUGGCAACAGCAGCCACAGAUGAGAGCAAGCUGGUUUUGUUAAGUGCGGUUGGGAGUGUUUUCUGUAGUGGACUGGAUUUCCUGGACUUUGUCAGGCGCUUGGCUGACGACAGAAAGAAGGAGAGCAUCAAAAUGGCCGAAACUAUCAGGACCUUUGUUAACACCUUCAUCCAGUUCAGGAAGCCCAUCGUUGUGGCCGUGAAUGGACCAGCUGUGGGUCUCGGCGCUGCCAUGCUGCCUCUCUGCGAUGUUGUCUGGGCCAAUGAGAAGUCUUGGUUCCAAACGCCUUACACUUCCUGUGGACAGACGCCAGAUGCCUGCGCCUCAUUCACGUUCCCCCGAAUCAUGGGAACGGCUUCUGCUAAUGAGCUGCUGCUGGCUAACAGGAAGUUGACGGCUCAAGAAGCUUCUUCUAAAGGUCUAGUGUCUCAGGUUCUUUGGCCCCAAACGUUUUUCCAGGAAGUUUUGGUCCGAGUGCGGGAACUUCUGAGUGUGGACACACAGGUCCUGCUAGAGUCCAAAGCUCUUAUGAGGAACCAGUACCGCAGUGCUCUUGAGCAAACUAAUGAGCGGGAGUGUGAAGCUCUUAAGAGGGUCUGGAGCUCACCACAGGGAACCGAUGCCAUCCUGCAGUACCUGCAGAGCCGACCUGACCUCAGCUAGCACCAGAACUGAGUUGGUUCCUCCACCUGCUCAAUCUUCUGUCACCUGCGGUGCUUCAAUAUGAGUCCAGGCGGCUGCAAGGUCAAGUUUUAUAAUAAGGAUGUCUGAUGGUCACUGCACAAUAUUGCGUCAAAUGAAAAAGACUGACCAAAAGAACUGGGACUGUUUGAGGUGCAACACUUUUUCUCUGAAGAGAAUAAACUGUCUUCUAAUGGGUUUGUUUACAUGGACGUGGUAGCCUUUUAAUCCAAGAUGCUGUACGUCUGGACAUUUACUGUGGCUUUUGUCUUACUAUUCUUCUGAGUCUCUCCGAUGGCAGCAGCUUAAGUCACCCAUCUUGGAUCUGGAUUGGAGCGGCUGACAGCUCUACAUCAGCCAAUCAGAGGGCAGGAUGGUGAAAUCCAAUGUCGUGGAGAUGAUCCCCCUCUGAGACCCAGAGAUGAGAGCGACACACGCACAGAAAAGUGUUGUCAAUGUGGAGUAGAUGUUUGCUGGGCCGGACAAGAAGCUAAAUACACCAGCAAGUCAGGUGACGUCUAAGAAGUCCCACGGCAUCUGUGUCCACUCAAGUUCAAAUGCUGUUGCCUGAACUUCAUGCUCGGCAUCUGCCAUGUUUUGAUCCUCAAUAAUAAGCCAAAUAACUUCAAGAAUUAAAAACAUUGGUUAACAGCUUAAAAUGGCUGCAGAUGACUCCAAUGAUCAUAUUCUGUGGCUGCUUGUUGCUCAUAGGUGCUUCAUUAUAAUACUCUGGCUAUAGUCAGUGAUGAUGCUUAGCAUUGAAAAGGUUCAUUGUUGAUGGUACACGUACAUGGGUGAGAAAUGGGUUGACAUUACAUACACACAUGCAUCUUCUGUUCUGCUUUGUCCUCCAAAGGAGGGACUCAGAGAUUUAUGAAAUGUUUUAAAUUUGUUUUCUGAAAGAAAUAUUUUAUUGGAUUAUUAUCCCAAGUCCAUAAGGAAAAUGUUGUUUAGAAACGAUUUAUGUACUUUAUACUGUCGGUGUGUCUUGAUUUAAAUUAAUGUUACUUUUUUUUCACUUUAAAUAAUAUGGAGAACUUGGAUGCAAUCCUGCGUUAAGAGGUCAUGAGGUGGAAAGUAGCAAAUUGCAUUUAAUUAUAUAUAUAUUUUUGUUUUCUUUUUCUAUUUAAAAUUGUGUUGAAAAAUGUUCUUUUAAUUCUAGUGUUUUCUUUAAGUAUUUGAACCCAUCAAUUGUUGCAUAAAAAUCAAAAUGCGUCAUUUGAAAUGUUCAUUAAACUGUGAGACAUGUUCAUCUUCAUGAGGAUCUAUCUGUUCCUACGCUGUUUUAAAAUAUGUUGUGCGGUCAG